AUGUUGAUUGCGAGGAAGCUUCCAAACUUCCUCUGGGUGGAAGCUGUUGCAUACGCAGCAUACCUGCGAAAUCGAGCGCCGACGAAAGCACUGCGCGGGAAAACUCCGGAAGAGACAUGGACGGGCAAGAAGCCCAAUGUCGCGCACCUAAGAGAAUUUGGGUCAGAUGUCUGGAUACUGACGGAAGGCCAGAAUCUCUCAGAACUCGAGCCAAAGUCGAAGAAACACACCUUUGUAGGUUUUGCUGAUGGCCCGAAGGCUGUGCACUACUACGAUGUGGGUGCGUGCUCGAUCCGAGUCUCGCGAAAUUUUGUAUUUGCGGAUGCCCCGAACCCAGCAAGCAAUGUUCCUGUACAUCAGCUUAAUGACAGUGACAGGCUGCCGCUCGAGGGGGAGUCAGGGGGAGCUGUCAAGCAGCAGCCUCCCACAUCUGCAUCAAAACCAGCAUCAGUACCUGUCAAAGCUGAUCAGUCUAACAAGAAACACGAUGGAAACUACAUUACAGAGGAAGACUUACCUCCCGAGAUACAGGAAAGCAUGCGAGAGCGACUGACAUUCUUGCCUGCACCCCCGAAGAUCCCUCUUCGUCGUACGACCCGCGCUACGCAGGACCACAACUAUCGAAGGAUGGAUAACCCCCGCGCGCAGCCCGCGAAGUCGCGCGAGCUGCCGGGAGUGCCAAAAGAGAACACACCUGAUGAGAGUGCGAAAGUCGCCGUGACACCCGAAGAAUUUGAAGAGAUCGUGCAGGCGCUGUAUGCGACAGCGCUGGCAUCAGGCGACAGAACGGCGAGUGCGGGAGAUGAGCCGCGAAGCCUCGCGGAGGCCCAAGCCUCUCCAGAAUGGCCAGAAUGGGAAAAAGCUGUAAAAGCAGAAUAUGAUCAGCUGCAGGGCAUGGGGACUUGGGAGCUACAAGACUUACCAAAAGAUCAAAAUGCUGUGGGCUGCAAGUGGGUCUUCCAGAAGAAAACUAACAAGGAGGGUCAGGUUGUCAAGUACAAAGCCAGAUCGGGGAUAGAUUUCCUUGAAACCUUUGCCCCUGUAGUUCGUCUUGAGUCCAUCAGGGCCAUCCUAGCAUUAGCAGCAGUCAAUCACUGGGAAAUUGGCCAGAUGGAUGUCAAGGGAGCUUACCUGAAUGGAGACCUCCAGGAGGAGAUCUACAUGCGACAGCCGGAAGGCUUCGAUGAUGGAAGUGGAUGUCUGCACCGUGAGCUGACGGAGCUCGGGUAUAAGCGACUGGAGGCGGAUCCGUGUGUAUACCUGCGGGAGCAAAAAGGAGAAGUUCAGAUUAUUACAGUAUGGGUGGAUGACUUACUGUUAUUCACCAACUCUCCGAAGCUCAUGGAGGAGCUCAAGCACGACCUGCGGGACCUCUUCGAAGUCACGGACCUUGGUGAGCCGCAGAAAAUCGUUGGGAUUGAAAUCGAGCGAGAUAGGAAAGCGGGAAAAAUCCAAAUCUCACAACAGCACUACAUCGAGAGCAUUCUCAAGCGAUACCAGCUUGAGAACGCCAACGCUGUAGGGAUGCCGCUCGAUCCGAAUGUGGCAUUCACGGCAGAGGACGAGAACGAGGAGGUGGACGACCGUUUGGCAGGAGGUUACGCGUCGAUGGUGGGAUCGCUGAUGUAUGCAGCAGUGGGAACAAGGCCAGAUAUUUCCUACGCUGUGCAGACACUGAGCAAAUAUACAGUGUGCCCACGAUCUGUCCAUUGGACAGCGGCAAAACGUGUUCUACGGUACCUCGCAGGAACACGUGACUUGUGUGUCACGUACACGUGA